UAAAACGUGUCUUUGUCUUUACUUAGAAUUUUUAAAAGAGACAUUUAAAAAAAAUGCCACGACAGUCCCGAAGACAGAAUGCAGAAAGCAGGACACAGCUUUUAAUUUCGUACCACCUUGACAACUCCUGACUUCCUUUGGGACUGGCCAAUAAGAAAGCGUCCAGCUCUGACUUCCGGUAACGGCUCCGGAAGCAGCCUUCCGAAGCCAGUCUUACUGGACCCUUCCUCUCCUGUGCUCCUUUUGCUUCCUUGCUUUAUCUGACCUGGCAGUUUACAGUCAGCCACCCCCUUUUGAGGUCCCUAUCUGUGGAGUCGAUCAAACCCAGGCUGAAGGUACUCCGGAGAAACCCUCCUGUGUACUGAGCAUGUGCAGAGCUGCUUUCCUGCAUGCUAAUCCUUUAAUACAGUAUAAUACCUAUUUGCACAGCAUUUAAUCUAGAGGUGAGAUGCAGGUCAAAGAGGGUAAGUGUUGGUGACAGGCAAACACUAUGCCGUUUUACACAUGGAGUUAAGCCACCUGCAGAUUCCCAGGAACUACAAGGGACACUGGAAUGGCGCCCCAGGGACACUAAAUGACCUUAUCUUUCUCACUGCCACCCAUCAGUGAUGAAACGGUCACCUUCCCUAAGAGGUCUGUCCUGAAAGGCUAGGAGUGAACUUUACAAUUUUAGCAGCUUCAGUGGGCCUGCAGCGUCCAUAUAGCGAACAUAAAGAUUUAGACUCUCCAGGGCUAAGUCACAAGGCAGAGCCGCAGGCUCCAGACAAGGCUGUUGGGUUAAUGAAAUGAUUUAACGUUCCGCCCCCUCAGAAAAUCUGUCCAUGACUUGGUAAAUCUUCCAGAACUUCCUCUGAGUUCUUUGGGGCUGGCCCUACCCCACGCCCAAUUCUCCAUGUCAUUCCUCGUCAUAACCACCAUCUUUUCUAUCUGUUCAGUUCUAAUUUGAGCUUUAUUUCUCCAACUGGAUUCUGAUUCAUAGGCACAGUAGGCAGGAAAAAAAAAACCCUUAGUUAGGUGAGUAAGACAUUCACAUCGAUCUAAAAAUGUAAGCAGUGUUCACAAAGGCGGGAGUUAAGAGAGAAUGUUCUAAAAUUCAAGAAGAGUGCAUAACUGUUCACAACACACCACAUUUUGCCAUAUUAAAUGAAGAUGCAUGGCUGGGUGCACUGUGACCCAAGCCCACUCCUUUUGGGCUGUGUGUUUCAGCCUCUUUCUCGCCCAGUAGUUCUGCCCGAAAGAAACAGAUGGCUUGCUUCCUUGACUGGAAUAAUCAGCUUGAAAUCCAUAGAUUGGUCAGGAGGCUGGUGCAGGUGAACUGUAAUCCUAGGUUCUGGAAAUAGCACCUGUGCAUCACAAGUCAGCAUAGACCGGACCUGGGGACCCUGUGCUCCCAGGUUAGAAUAUCUCUUUGCCUUCCUGAGAGUUCCCAUGGCUCUGAGAAUUCCCAUGACACCGCAUUGUGUAACAGACUCUUAGGGCAACCCCUUACCACCACCUGCCUGGUUCAGCUCUCAAUACCCGUUCCAAUGGAAUCCUACCAGAUUUCCUUGUUGGAGCGCUCUGAUUACAUAACACGGUUACAGCCAGUCCUGUAACACUGUCGUGUCGCGAGACUUUAAAUACUUUGAUUCUUAUUUCAGAACUUUCCAGGCAAAAUGAAAUCAGACAAAACCAUCUAAACAAAAAAAAGUAACCUUUUGCGGCUGUUAGAUUUCACUUUUAGUGUGUGUCUUUCUUGAGAGAGAAUUUAAGCAAAAACAUGGCUCAGAGACAUGUGUAGGAAAAGAAGUAAGACGUCCUGGGACUCCAGGCUUCUCAGGGCCUCUUGAAUUCCCCGGUGCUACCCUUAUUACAGAGCUGAUCGCAAGGCUUGCCCCCUCCCCCCCCACAUGAAACCUGGGCCCAGCCAGGCUUUUCCUCGCUGCCGCCAGGGGGCUGUCUGGUUAAGAACUGGGUAGGAGAGGCCGCAGCUUUCCUCUAAACCAACCAAAACAUCCCGAGGCAGCUUUGGAGCGAAGCCCAGGAACUUGCCUGCAAAACAACCCUCGUUCUAGAGCCGGCAAGCUCUUGGUGAGACUUCAUUCGGGGCGAGGAUUAAAACACAGAUUUCUUGCGAAGAAUCCAAGGGGCAACCGAGUCUGUGCCGGCCGCUGGAAAAGGCAAAGUCCUAGCCCCAAAGCUGCUGUCUGCCGCAGCUCUCUCUCCUCUGCCCUGCGGAAAGCUCCGGAUUCGCCACAGUUGUUAGUGCUGUGGCCAGAGAUCCGUGGUUUCCCUCUCCUUAGUCUGCUGGAGGACGCGCGUGGUGGUACCAAGUUCCACACAUGACUUAAUGAAUAAGAUGACCACAGCAUCAGUGAGUUGGAAGAAGGCUCAUGGGGCUGAGGGCCAGGCAGUAUCCUGGCUCCCAACUGUAGACAGAUGGGCUUCUGUAGUGCCCGGGACAAAGAGCCAUCAGUAUGUGGGAAUGCCAGAGCUGAAGAGGACCCAGCAUGACUACUAACCUAUGACUCCUAACAGUAUGACAGAAAAUGGCCUUCCAGCCUGGGACAAACAGAAGCCCCAUCCAGACCGAGGCCAGGACUGGAAGCUGGUAGGAAUGUCCGAAGCCUGCCUGCACAGGAAGAGCCAUGUGGAGAGGCGUGGUGCAUUGAAGAAUGAGCAAACAUCCUCACACCUCAUCCAGGCCACUUGGGCGAGCUCUAUAUUCCAUCUGGAUCCAGACGAUGUGAACGAUCAGAGCGUCUCAAGCGCCCAGACUUUCCAGACCGAAGAGAAGAAAUGUAAAGGGUAUAUCCCCAGCUAUCUAGACAAGGAUGAGCUCUGCGUAGUGUGCGGGGACAAAGCCACGGGGUACCACUAUCGCUGCAUCACCUGUGAAGGCUGCAAGGGUUUCUUUAGAAGAACCAUUCAGAAAAGUCUCCAUCCAUCUUACUCCUGUAAAUAUGAAGGGAAGUGCAUCAUAGACAAAGUCACCCGUAACCAGUGCCAGGAAUGUCGCUUUAAGAAAUGCAUCUAUGUUGGCAUGGCAACAGACCUGGUGCUGGAUGACAGCAAGAGGCUAGCCAAGAGGAAGCUGAUAGAAGAGAACCGUGAGAAGAGGCGGCGGGAAGAGCUACAGAAAUCCAUUGGGCAUAAGCCAGAGCCCACGGAUGAGGAAUGGGAGCUCAUCAAGACAGUCACCGAGGCCCACGUGGCCACCAAUGCCCAGGGCAGCCACUGGAAGCAGAAGCGGAAAUUUCUGCCUGAAGACAUUGGACAAGCACCCAUUGUGAACGCCCCGGAAGGUGGCAAGGUUGAUCUGGAAGCCUUCAGCCAUUUUACAAAAAUCAUCACACCAGCAAUCACCAGAGUGGUGGAUUUCGCCAAAAAGUUGCCCAUGUUUUGUGAGCUGCCCUGUGAAGACCAGAUCAUCCUCCUCAAAGGCUGCUGCAUGGAGAUCAUGUCCCUCCGAGCUGCUGUGCGCUAUGACCCAGACAGCGAGACUCUAACCUUGAAUGGGGAAAUGGCAGUGACACGGGGCCAGCUGAAAAACGGAGGUCUUGGGGUGGUGUCAGAUGCGAUCUUUGACCUGGGCAUGUCUCUGUCGUCUUUCAACCUGGAUGACACGGAGGUUGCCCUGCUUCAAGCCGUCCUGCUGAUGUCUUCAGAUCGCCCAGGGCUAGCUUGUGUUGAGAGAAUUGAGAAAUACCAAGACAGUUUCCUGUUGGCCUUUGAACACUAUAUCAAUUACCGGAAGCACCAUGUGACACACUUUUGGCCCAAACUCCUGAUGAAGGUGACGGACCUGCGGAUGAUUGGAGCGUGCCACGCCAGCCGCUUCCUGCACAUGAAGGUGGAGUGCCCCACCGAGCUCUUCCCGCCUCUCUUCUUGGAAGUCUUUGAGGACUGAACGGACUGGACAGGUUCUUGUCAUUCCUGCAGCACGACUGGGUGUCGCUGCAUUCCACCUGUAGCUCUUUCUGUUGUCGUUUCUUCGUUUCUUUGUGUCAAGUGAGCUCAUCAGUGGGUCAGCGGGUCAUCAGUGGCAUAGACUUGGAUGAAGUGGUCCUUUGAAUGUGGGUCUUUGUAACCAUUGCGUUUCGUUCUCCAGUCCUUAGUGUGACGGCUUUGAGGGGUUCACAGCAGUGCAGGCCGAGUGGGGGCGAUCAUCUCACCAGCACCACGUCGUCACCAGCUCCCAUCUGUCCCUGGGCAGACUCAAGCAAGCCAAAUGGCAUUACAGAAGACUAAAGAAGCCUUAAAACCGAGACGACAGUCAUCUUGAUCCAAUGCGAUCCAGUUCUGUUGUUUGUAAGGUGAAGCUGGCAGAGCUCAGGCCACCUCAGGUUGGGCGUGGCUUUUGGCGCGUGAGGGGAGGAGCCGUUCCAGCUUCAGGAACUCACAGCUACUCAGGAGCUUACCGCUUCCAGCACCCUUACUCUCCAAGCAGGCUGACUUGGAAUGUGCAGGAUACCCACACCAUAACAAAUCGACGUUACUUUCCAUGGCCUUCUGUAACCUUGUGAUUUACUUCAAGUUGCGCAAGAGUAGAACUUGGAGACUUGACUGGUUUGAGGCCACAAGGAAAGUCUCCUUUUCAGGAUGCCCAUAGAGCUUGGAAAUCAUCCAUGUUACAGCAUAGUUUCCAAAAAUGGUGUUACCUCAAGCAGGAAGGCACCUUUGCAGCUUAGAUAGAUUCACAAGCCAUUCCCACAGAGCUCAAACCUGUUUACAGAGUGCCGUCCCUCUUCCGAUGGCCUAUGAACCAGCCCUCUCCCCAGCCUGUGGCUGUUGAGCUGGUGAUGUUUCCCUGUACAUUGAAUCUUCCAAUCAGAGAGAGACGUGUUGAAACUCCAGUCUUGUUUUGGAAAAAUCCCUGGAAAAGAUCAAUGCAGGAACAAUCAGAUUCAAAGGAAAAGAACUACUCAUGCUGUAGGCUGUCCAAUUAGGGAGAAUGCUCCCCGUGGAUCGGCAAGCGCUUUACCCAUUCACAAAUGUCUCCCAGUCCCAUCCCGUCUCUGCUCCCAAACCCACCUCCUCAGAUUCUGAGACACUAAAUAGCUUCUCUUCUCUUCUCUUCUCUUCUCUUCUCUUCUCUUCUCUUCUCUUCUCUUCUCUUCCCUUCUCUUCUCUCUCUCAACACUAACUCUUCUGUAGCUUAUACACUAUUACCUUGGCAAAUAGUCCUCAUAAAAUAUAGCAGACCAUGCAUAGGAAACACCAUUACGCUGCCCCAUCCCCAGUGACCGUGUAGAGUAGAUGUCUCUAAGCAACCAGUAGUGACAACUUACCCAAAAAUGGGCAGACUGUACCCAUGCAACUGAAUGUACGACUCUUCACUGAUGUCACAGAUGUGAACUACUUCUUGUCUGCCUUUCACUGCCUUAGCCUGGAAAUGCUGGGAAAAACAAGCCAUAUCAGUGAGAAUUACCUAAAAGCAAAGGAAGUCACUGUGAAAAGCAAGGGAACUCACUUCUUCCCACCGGGCUCGGUAGAGCAUCUUUGGCCUCACAGCAAGUCAGGGUGCCUGCGGCCUGGGUCAUUUAGGACCUUACAGUGUUAGUUUUCUUACCUCCUAGUAAAUGAGUUGAUCUCCAGAAACCCCUCUUCCCUUCUCUAGUGUUUGACUUUUCAGCUAAGGAGGGGGCGUCUUUGAAAGAUUCCUUUUCUAUUCAAACUUCUAGCUUCGGAAACGGAAUGCAUGUGGGUGCUCAUGGAGUGAGAAUGAGGAUUUGAUUCAGAGGAAGGCAGAAUGACCUCGGAAGCAGAGAGGUACAGCCCUGAAAGUCUUUGGAAAUAACUGAGGAAAAGGGAACAGUCUGUGCAGGGAACUAAAGAUUUAGCCUGAUGUUUUAGCAGAUAAAACAUCGCUGUAGACUUGGUGUGGAGAUUAAAUAGAAACAAGAAGCCCCAGAGAGUCAAGUUCAAGCAUCUGUCUGAGAUUUGCUUUCCCAGGCAACCUGUACCCAGCCUCCUCCCUCAGGAAUUUCAUUAAAACAUCUGUCCCCUCUGUCAGCUCUCCUGGAAUGCCUCUGUCCAGACAAUUAAAACACACUUGCUGUGAGACCAGUUCUCCGUCCAAAGAGGGAGAGAGGGAGGUGACAGGUAGGUGAGUCCCACACAGGCAUACAAACUUCUGGGGCACCAGAGUUUCUGAGGAAGUUUCCUGAUGCUGACAGUUUUCAAAUGGCAUCGGAAACCCUGGCAUUAGUGCAGGGUUUGACCCAGGGUCAUUCAGAGCGCUGUAAAGAUUAAGCGCUGGGCACUAGCCCGGUCCUCACAAUCCAGCCAGCCACAGCACAGUGACCCUCCCUCUGUAGAGGCUCACCUUUCAGGGACGAACCAGGCUGUAGCAACCGUGGAGACUGAGUACUGAACAAGACAAGCAAGCUUCAGUCUUCUGGCGGGAAGGAACAAGAACGGUAGGCAUUCAGAAUGGCCUUCGAGAAACUCAUUUUAUGCACUAGAUUGUGAGGGAUUUGCUCCCAAUGUUUUUUUUUUUCUUCUUCUUCUUCUUCUUUUUCAAAGUCAUUCCCUUCUAAUCUUGUCCAGACUUUCAAUUCAAGUGUGGACGCGGUGACAAGAACCUUUACACCUGCUCCACCGUGGGGAGACUUUCCAGUCAAGGAGAACACGCUCAUCCUGCUGGGGCACUCACUGACAAAUGGUAUUCAUGAACGAGAAGGCUGUGCACAUGCAACCGACAUGUGCGUGUGCACACAUGUGCGUACAUCCGGUCGUUGCCUCAAGUGUACUUUGCACUUCAGUUAAAAUGUGCAGAACUUCCAGAAACUGGAAGAAGAAGAAGAAGAAAAAAAAAAAAAAACUCUCUAACUCUGCUCUAACACCAUGUGCCACCUCUGAGCUUUUUCUAGUCCCUUGAGCCUCAGUCCUCAGUGAUGCGCUUAAGUGAUGAAGCCUCAGCCCAGUGCAUUCCUCCUCCUGUGGCCCCAGGGCCACCUCUGUCCCAGUGCAAUCUCCGAGAGGGCUGGGCCUGGCUCUGCUCUGCAGCGUCCUUCUCACAUUGACCUGCAGGCCGGGCGUGCAAGCCUUCUCCUCCUCACACUCAGCUCUCCCCAGUCCAGCCUCAUGACCUGCUGAGCCUCCUCAGAGCGCUUCAUUGUCAGUGAGACCUCUACGUUCUGUGGAACUCAGACCCAUCCAUGUCAUACUGACCUUUUUGCUGCAUGAGUCAUAAAUUAUGAAGUCAGUCUUAUGGUUUCUGAGAUGUAACCAGCGUUUUGUAAGGCUAAACCUUUUUCACGAACUUGAUUUAAGUGGAUAACCAAACCACAGGCCCUCCUCCAAAUGAGAGAUGACAAGACAAUUGACUCUCUGCCCUUUGCAGUGGCGAUGGCAUCAGGUCCUAAAAUAAGCUCAUAAUUUUCCUUAUUUUAAUAAUAUGGAAAUAUUAGCAUAGUGUUUCUUUUGAUAGCGAUAGACCGAUCCGUAUUUAAAUUUUAUAGAGAAGAAAUUUUAUUGUACUGUGAUGUAGAUAUUUAUUACCCAGGUAAGGAUUUGCCCGGUGUGUAUUUUUUACAAUUGAGACAUUUUACUUUAAUCUUUAAAAGAGAAAAAAAGACUAUUAAAAACAUAUACGUAUUAAAAAAAAAAAAGGCUAGGGAGAAAAAAAGGUUUGGCCUUAUCACAGGAUUUUUACUGUGUCGUAUAAAUGUUUGCAAAUGAAAAAAGAAAUCGCACAUUUUUGGUGUGUUUUCCACAUUAAUUAGUGCCGCCUCCAGGAGCGAUAUUGUGCAGUAAACACUGUUUGUGGCUUUCUGUCGCACAGCUCGAACUGGCCCCACCUUAUGCACAAGACAAUCAGACGUGAGUCUUUCCUCUGAGGACACAGACCAUACGCAACAGAGCACAAUGUGACGCCAAGAACGAGACUUGUAGGCGUGCGGCUGACAGAGGUGGUCAGGGCGUGUGCGCACUCGAGUGGCCUUGGGCCACUGCCUCCCUUUGGCUGUCCUUUGUGGCGUUGGCACCUUUCGCUUGACAUCAAAUAGCCAAAGUAGUUCUCUGUGUUUUCUUCAGAGAAGACCGUUCUUUUUCCAGUAAUGUUUUCAUGCCCUGUGAAUCAGAAAAAAAAAAAAAAAACAACAACAACAACAAAAAAAAGGUACGGGUGGAGUAGAGAGGUUCAUAGUAAGUGGAAGGUUUGUGUUUUGCAAACAGUGUUAAGUGAUAUUGCUGUUGCUAGAUUGGUAAUAUUUUUUCAGCCUAAAAUUGUUGAAAUCUGUGAUCAAAUGUUUUAAACUAUCCAAAAGGAAAAUUUGUAUAUUUGGGAAAAUGGAUUUUUACAUAGCUUUUUGUAUGCAAAUAUUAAAUUGUAAUUAUGAAUAUAGUGGGCGUAGGUACUCAUAAGCUUAAAUUCUAAAAAAAGAAAAGGCUUACAAUGGA